CUAUAGGUCUCCUCUUUCAUGCCCCCUGUUGGUCAAUGCCACGUGUAUUCAAAAUGGCCGCAUGCCGUUGAUAGUUUGUAAUCUAUUGAGAAAGAAAUAUAAGACGAAAGAUAUUUUGGAUAAUUAAUAUAAGUAGAGCAAAAAAAAACAAUGAGACAGACUGAAUUAUCAGAAUUCUUCAGAGUGACUUGUGCUAAAUCUCCGAAGAAAAGAAAAAUCGACAAAAUCAAAAAUAUCUCCCGUAAAGGCAUUAAUUCUAGAAAAAAUGAAGAGAUUUUCACAAAGUCAACCUCCUCCGCCUGAGGAGGCUGGUUGCUCUCCAAUGAAAAAGUGUAAAAUUGAAGAUGUAGACAAAGAAGACGAAUCUUUUCUUAGUCAAAUAGUUUUCAAAGAAGAACCAAUAGAUGAUAACGAGGAUGUUGAACCCAAGGAAUUUGAUUUAGAGACUAUUUUUGCGGAAAAAAUUUUUGAUGUCAAAUAUGGUUCUUUGAUUAAUUCUAUGAUUGAAGACGUAAAAAUUAUGGAGUGUGGAAAGAAUAAGCAUGUUGAAAGGUUAUUUGCUGCUAUUGUUGAUGUUUUUUCAAUGCCUAUGAAUUGUGUUUACUUUAAUAAAUCAGAGCUUAACUUCGUACGAAGAUUUUUAACUAUUUCUGAAAAAGCACAAAUAGUUCUAGCGCGACUUUUGAAAUGGAAACCGGGCUGGUACCGCGUAUCUAAAGUUUCAUUGCAGCUAGAAAUGCCAGUUUAUGAACAGAUUGUCAAGGAACUUACUGAAAAUGGCUUUUUUGACUGUGAUUACAGUACUGAAGAUACCUCAGUUUUAAUUGAUAUGAUGUUAGUUGAUGAGCUCAAAGAAGUGGCGAAAAGAAUGAAGGUUCCUCACACAACUGCCAAACCAAAGCUAAAAGAAGAAUUAUUAAAAAUUGAUGCUAAAAAGAAAGCGAUGUUUAUAGGGGUUAAAACUCCUAGUCAAGCAUUAAGAAAACUGUUAGAAGAUAUAAUCGGUCCAUCUAUUAAAAUAUCGGAGAAUUGUUGGAGCCUUAUUAAGCGGAUCAUGACUCUUCUAUACCCAAUUCAAAACUACAAUGAAUCCUUUAGUGAUAUUUUUCGUAUUUUGAAUGAAGUUUUCUAUGAAACUAGAGUCUAUCCUUCAACUCCAAAGGAGAGAUUUCCAAUAUUCCGUAAUCGCCAACAUCUUAUAGAUUUCACUGAAGCUAAAGAAAUAUAUUACGAAAUAUCAAAUGCAGUAGUUAACAAAAAUUGGGAAUUAGUAAAAAAUCUAGGAACUCGUGCUUCUGAACGCUUAACAGAUAUUCUGGACAAAAAAAUGGAUGACGUUAUCGAUAAGCCGCCUCUUCCAUCUCAUGUUCGCAGAUUUGAACCUUCUUAUGUUUGGGCAAAAAUAAUAUGGACCAGUAUUGAUGGAUUUAAAAAGAAUCCAGAAGAUGUUCAAACAGCAACCAAGUAUUUGAGGACAUUAAUAAGUUAUAAAGAUGUAAUUCAAGGCAGGCGUGGACGUUGGUUUGCUGAAUUAGCUCUUAUUGAAAUGAGUCAUAAUAAAAAUUUGGAAGCGAGUGUGAAUGUUACUUUGAGAGCGUUGACAGGAGAAAAAUUAUCUGCAGCUGACAUCGCUGAAAUGUUAGAGAGAGCUAGAAAACUCGCAUCAAGGAAAUCUGGUAUUAGCACUGAGAGCCGAGAGCUUAUGCAGCAACUAAUAGAUGAACAUAAAUCUCCUGUAGAAAACAUUGCAUUUAACGAAGUCACCGUUGAAGCAAACAUGAUGCAAUAUGGUAUUUCAAAUGGUACAAAAAGUGUCUGGCGACUUGACAUAGGAGAAAACAACACAGAGUACCUAUCAGUUGAGAUGCUAGCAGCAAAACAUUACCAGUAUAAUGGAUUCAGUCGAAAUAUUCAUUGCGAAGGAAAACUGCCAGUUACUUUAUUUAGUUGUUUCUUUUGGAAUGAACUGUACACAAUUCCAGUACCUGGUGCUUUUGUUUGCCCAUAUCAAAUAGCUCCACUUGAUUUGUUCGGUUCGCAAUUUUUUGCUAAUCGUCAAGAGCAAUUAAAUGCAAGAAUAGCUAGUGCUGAAGAUAUGGAUAUUGAAGAUUUUUCCAACUUUCUUAGUGUGAACUAUAUGAUGUCUAAAGAAUAUAUGUCUUUAACAUACAGUUUAGUAGAACUUUGCGAUGAAUUUAAGGAUAUAAUUAAAUGUCUUGGCAAGAAAGCAGUCAUUGGCAUUUGCAAAUUAGUUGCUUCUAAUUAUUGCCAAUGGAGUUCAGGAUUUCCAGAUUUAUUUGUGUGGGAUACAUCAGAUUUAAAAUGUAAAAUUGUUGAGGUUAAAGGACCUGGUGAUACCCUUUCUAUAAAACAAAAAUUAUGGAUUAAGCAUUUGUUAGAGUUUGGAGUAGAUACAGAGGUAUGUUAUGUGAAGCCCAGAUAAAGAUUAAAAACAAGUUUUACCUGUUAUGCUAAAAAUCGUAUUUUGUUCCUUAAAAAAUUUUAUACAUUUAUAAACUUAAAUAUUCUAAGUUCUUUUACAUUAUUAGUUCGAAAUAUUUUACUACAGAUUUUUUUAAAAUCCUUAUUCUUAAAAGUUAGAUAUUGAAUGUUGUCUAUAUUUUAUAAGAAAACAUA